UUACAAUGCAUUCGGAAACUUGAAGUAUUUAGCUGAUUUUAAGAAUAAUAAAAAUGGUACAGUAGCACAAUUCCGAAGAAGAAACUAUGGGCAGUCUUUUCAGUCGAAAUAACAGCAAUAAUAAUAAUAAUCAGUCAUCAUUUAGUACAAAUAAUACAUCGAGCCUUUUUUUGGGUGGAAAAUCUGUCGAUGAUGGAAACAACAGUUCUGGAAAUCCUGCCCUAGCUCUGAGCAAAGCUAUUGGUUCGAUAGGGGGCUUGUUCAUGAAUGCGUGGGGUCAAGGUGGUGGUGGAGGACGUAAAGUUUCCCCCAUUGAGGAACAAGACUCUCAUAUUCUCAUGGUUUCUGGCGACGGCAAUGAAAACACUCGUCAUCUUCGUGCCACAAAUGAAAAGAAUUUAAACAGUUUCCGUUCCAGUGAUGAUGGUCAGCGUAAUUCUGUGACCUGUGUUGAAAUUCAAUAGCAGAUUAUCAGUUCUUCGCCUUUGUGUACCUGUGCAAAACAUUUUUUCUCUGUUUAAAAUAUUCGUACAACUUGUUACAAUUUAUAUCGAUUAGUGAUCAAAUAUGAAUACCCUGGGUCAACUGGAAAUCCAGAAGCCAGCUCCGAUGUGGAAAGGAAGUGCCGUUGUGAACGGAGAGUUUAAGGAAAUCUCUCUCGAAGAUUACAAGGGCCAAUACCUCGUUUUCUUUUUUUAUCCUUUGGAUUUUACUUUCGUCUGCCCUACGGAAAUUAUCGCGUUCUCCGACAGGGUCGCAGAGUUCAGGGCAGUGGGAUGCGAGGUCGUGGGAUGCUCGACAGACUCGCAUUUUUCGCACUUUGCGUGGGUGAGUCAAAGCCGAAAGCAGGGCGGGCUAGGGCCCAUGAACAUUCCUCUUCUUGCCGACAAGACGAUGGAGAUCUCCAAAGCAUAUGGCGUCCUUAAGGAAGAUUCCGGAAUUGCCUUUCGAGGUCUUUUCAUCAUCGACGCGAAACAAAAUUUGCGCCAGAUCACCAUCAAUGAUCUCCCGGUGGGGCGCUCGGUUGACGAGACUCUUCGUCUCGUCCAGGCAUUCCAGUUCACGGAUAAGUAUGGAGAAGUGUGCCCUGCAGGAUGGAAGCCAGGACAGAAGACUAUCAAACCAACGGUUGGGGACAGCAAAGAGUAUUUUGAGGGGCAUUAAAAAAUUGCUAUUGUCAAAAUAUUACAUUCCGUUUAUAUUCAUAUCAUCUUCGGAUGUGAAAUUUAUGAGUUGAAUAAAUUAGAGCUGAUUGAAAAGUUAAAACAAA